AUGGAGCGUGAUGUGCUGUUAACCUUCGGGUUAGUCACUGCGGCAACCGUUCACGCCGCUCACAAAGUCUACGGCUCAGUUAAUAAGCACAAGCAACGCGUGGCUCAGCUGGAAGAUGGCGAGGUCACGGCCGAUGAGGCGCGCAAGGAGCGCAUUAAAGCCAACACGAUUUAUGCGGUGAGUAUCGGUCUCGCCGCGCUGGGUAUCAAGGGUGCGUAUGGAGAGUGGAAAGAAGCAAACGAGAAUCGUAAGGAGACUGAAAACUUUAAACACGAGUGUUUUCGUCGUGGAAAGCAACGCGAACUCAAGCGCAAUCGCAGAUACUCUUAA